AUGAGUCCUACCGUGUAUGAAGACGCCGCGAAGGAGAAGGUUAUGGUGGCCCACAUCGGCCUCGCGUUCGAAAACUGGGGGUUGACCGUAAGCAACACCCCCGCCUUCACCUUCGUCCCGACGACCGUGUACGGCCUGCAGAGCCUGAUCCAGUGGGCACGGGACAGCGACAAGCGUGUACGAGCGGCCGGGCACAGGCACAGCUGGACGUCGCUGUUCUCCGAGGACAACGAGGUGUUCGUGUCCAUGCUCGAUCUCAAGACCGCCACCAACGUGCCGGAUCCGAGCUCGAUCCUACCGGAUAAUCUAAGUAACCUAGCAAAUGAGUUCAAGACGAUCGAGCUACAAGACGUGACCGGAAAUACGGACGGGAAGGCUCUCGUAAGGAUCGGCGCUGCGGUCACGAACGAGGAGUUGAGGAGGUGGUCGGUCAGGGGGGAUGCGUGGGCACUGUCGUUGAAUACCAUUAUCGUCGAAAUCACCGCCGGCGGCGCCAACGCGCCCCUCUGCCACGGUGCAGGAAUCCGGAGCAAAACCAUCAGUGAUCUCGUACGCAAGAUCGAAUACGUAGAUGCCAACGGCAUUCACCGGUCGAUCGAGGACGCCGCGCAACUACGUGCUGCGGCGGGCUCCCUCGGCCUCCUGGGAAUCGUCACGCACAUCACCCUAGAGAUGGACACGAUGACUUACGCCCAGCUCAAGCCGCUGAAGCAGGAUGUUAACCUGGCCAUUCCGCCACCGACGGGGUAUACCGUGCCCCAGGCUAUAAGAAAGUCUUAUUCUCCUGCGAGGCUGGAAGCCGCGAGACUGGCGUUCAUCAAGAAGGCGGAGGAGAGUCAUUACAGUGAAUGGUUCUGGUUCCCGUAUCAACAGCAAGCCUACAUCAACUGCUGGGACACGACGCAGGACAGCACAGGCGCGAUCGACUACCCGACCUACCCCGACACAUUCCUGCAAUGGUUACAAGGCUGGCUAGGCGGAGUAGCCAACGACUCAUUGCUCUUCCGCGCGCUCCCCGGGCACUGGCAAGCGCAAAUCCUCGCGUCGCUGGCCAUGCUCGCGCUCCCGACGCAAGAGGCAAAGACCUACCUCCCAGACGGCCUCCACUUCCGGCGGGGCGUGCAGAACAUGCGGGUGCGGGACAUGGAGCUUCAGAUCCCGAUUCCGGCGCGGGCCGACGACGCGACGAAGGCGGACUGGGGCGUCGUGCAGAAGGCGUGGUGGGACGCGAUCCAGGCGGUUUAUGAAGACCCUACGGCGCCGAUGCGCAUCGCGCUCGAGAUGCGGAUCACCGGCGCGAGUGAUAUGAUCAUGGCCGCGCAGACGAAUAAUUCCUUCGGUACGGCGAGCAUAGAGAUUCUGACUACUAUGCCCGCCGUCGCGGAGGACGUCUGGGAGCCGUUCGCACAGAAGAUCACGGAUCUGUGGACGUCGUAUCAGGCUAAUGGGCAGCUGCUCAACGUGCGCCCACAUUGGGCGAAGGAGUGGGAUGGAUAUACGGUGCAGGGACAGUCGUGGAGACAGCGGCUAAAGACGGUGUCGUAUAAAGACCAGAUUCCGGAGUUCUUGGCUGUGCUUGGGGAGAUUGGGGAGGAGCAGGGCUUUACAGUGGAGGAUCUACAGAAGAGGUUUUCGAAUCCGCUACUGGAUGAGAUUUUUUUUGAUUAA